GCAGCCCGACAGAAGUCAACACAACCUUCACUUCAGCUGGCAUCGAGCGUUCUGAAGCCAAGCCAAGCUCCUUAGGAUUUCUGGCUGAAGUGUGGAUGAGGAUCAUGAGGAACUUUCAGUCUCCGCAGCUGUUCCUUCUCUUGUCUGUACUUUCGCUCCUCCUCUGUCCUGCCUGUGCCACCUCGGGGCCCGACUAUGACUACGGAGGCCACCCGCGCUUCGUCUGCACCCCGAUUCCCGUGGAUGCAAACCCUUCCUGCUUCCCUUUGGGAGGGCCGAGCGCCGGGGCGGCGGGGCCCGGCGGGCCACCGGGCCAUCAGAGCCCACCUCCGGCCGGCUGGUGGGGGGCGAGCGAGGAGGCCAAAGCCACCAUCCUCCACCUGAGGGAGAGUCUGGUUCAGCAGAAGGAGACCAUCCUGGACCAGAGGGAAACCAUCCGGGAGCUGACGGCCAAGCUGGCCCUGUGCGAGGGCUUCGGACGGGGCACGGCGCCGCACGACGACCACCGAGGCACCGGCUCGCACUCGCAUCCCGGCCACCACGCGUACGCCGACAACGGCCACUAUAGCAACCAUCGCCAUGGAAACAGCAACCUCAUCCCGGACUCGCCGCACUACCCCUCUGUGCACCCUGUGGGGGGGCAACGAUCGGACGGAGGGCACGGCGGCAGCAACCAGGGGAAGGAUAAACAUGUGGCGCCGGGGGACGUCACAUCAUCGCCGGAGCAGAUGGAGAGGAUGCUGCAGGCGCUGAAGGAGCGGCUGGAAAACCUGCAGAAGAGGAACACGUCCAUUGCUUACUCCAGCUCUCUGAAGGAACUGCUGCAGAGGAAGAUCAGCGCUCUGGAGGAGCAGCUGCACCAUCACACCGACCCCCACGGCGACGACGGCGGCCACAACGACGAUGGCGGUCACGGCGACCACCACGACCACGAGCAUGACCACGAGCACGACCACGAGCACGACGAACACUCGGACGAACACUCGGACGACGACCACGCCGACAGCCACCACGACGAUCGCCACGACGACCACCACAACGAUCACGGUGACGAUGGCGACCACGCGGAUCGUCGUGACGACAGCCACAGCGAUGACCACCACGACGAUGAAGAGGACGAGGAUGAGGACGACGCCGGCGGCGUCCACCACAGCAAUGAGGCAGACGACCACAGCUACCUCCCACACACCGGGUACAGAGCGCCGGCGCCGCGGGUCGGAUUCCAUUCCAACAAACUGGAGACGAUGCUCAAUCAGCUGCACCUCUCAGGAUCCGGCAGGAAGCAGGCAAAGAGUCCCGACGCCUUCCAGAUCAGCUUCCCCAUGAGGACGAACUACAUGUACGGUCGGGUGAAGCGGACCCUGCUGCAGGAGAUCUUCGCUCUGACGCUGUGCCUCUGGAUGAAGGCGGGCGUCGGGCCCGGACUGGGAACCCCCUUCUCCUACUCUGCGCCCGGACAGGCCAACGAGCUGGUGCUCAUCGAGUGGGGGAACAACCCGCUGGAGCUGCUGAUCGACGACAAGGCGGUGACGUUACCUCUGUCUGUGAGCGACGGGAAGUGGCACCACAUCUGUGUGACUUGGUCCACGCGGGACGGCCAGUGGGAGGCCUACCAGGACGGCGUGCAGAGGGGGUCCGGGCUCAACCUGUCCCCCUGGCACCCCAUCAAACCCGGAGGGGUCUUCAUCCUGGGCCAGGAGCAGGACACCCUGGGGGGCCGGUUUGACGCCACGCAGUCGUUCGUGGGCGAGAUGUCGGACCUGCACAUGUGGUCGCACGUCCUGAGCGCCAGCGACGUCUACAGCCUGGCGUCCUGCAGCAGCCACCUCAAGGGAGACGUCAUCUCCUGGUCCGAGACGGAGGUGGAGCUUCACGGCGGCGUCGCCAGAUACCCGUUCGAUCCCUGCCACUGAAAGCAGCCAAGCAGAGGAAGAAGAAACC